AUACCACUCAUGCUCCUGAAGCGGAACCUGUGUGGAGCGACACUGGAAGAGAGGAUCUUUUUUAGACGAACACCAGCAGCUUCCGGUCAAAUUUGUUUUGAAUUUUUUGAAAAGCUGGAGCGAGACAUUGUCAGACAUGUCCACCCUGUUCCCCUCUUUGCUCCCCCGGAUAACGGAGUCUCUGUGGUUUAACCUGGACCGACCAUGUGUGGACGAGACCGAGCUGCACCAGCAGGAGCAGCAGCACCAGACCUGGCUGCAGAGCAUUGCUGAGAAAGACAACAACCUGAUGCCCAUUGGGAAACCUAUUUUUGAGGCGGGCUAUGAAGAGGAGGAAGAAGAGGACGAUGAGGAUGAAGAGGACAGUGAGGAAGACUCUGAAGAUGAGGAAGACAUGCAGGACAUGGAUGAGAUGAACGACUACAAUGAGUCACCGGAUGAUGGCGAGAUCAAUGAGGUGGAUAUGGAAGGACCUGACCAGGAUCAAGACCAGUGGAUGAUUUAAGACAAUUUUAGCCUCCAUCAAGCUUUCUGGUCCUGGAUUUCUACUCCCUACCUAAAGUAUGACUGCUGCCUCUUCAGUUUGUGGACAAAAAUGUAGUUGAAUCAACACAGGAUAUUUCAAAGCGAGGUCAGUGCAUUUGUCUAGUUUCAAGCUGCAGUCAGUCAGUCAUCAGUCUUGAGAGCCUUGGACAUUGUUGGACGUUGCUGUGGGUGUUGCUACCUGCCACACGUUCAUCUAAUAGUGUGAAGGAUGUGUGUGAUUCAGUACCUGUGUACACAUCAUGUUUUUGUCUUGUUUUUAGCGGCAACCUGUGACUCCAGUUAGUACAUUUAACCAUUUAAUCAAGUGAAAACAGUUUGAGACAAACACAGUGCUGUUGUUUUGCAUCAAUGCAGUGGCAGCAGUGGGCAGUGGCCCAGUGAUCUCUCAUCUAAACUUUGACCCUGUCAUAUCGUCAGUCAUGUGCUGCUGAUUUUCUCAGCAGCUGAGUGAGUAUAAAUGUUAGUUCAGUCAGCAAAAUAAUUUGUUACCUAUGAAAAGGACCCACAGAUACUUGACCAUGUAUUUAGUUUUAUUGGAGUGUUGUGUGUGUUGCAGGUGUUUCGAUAGAUAUCAUACCUUCAGUGAAAUACUCAUAAAAAAAACGUAUUAUGUUUAGACGUUUGAAACUAAUUUUAAUAUUUUUAACUAUGUCCAAAGCAUAAGCUGCCCAUUACCAUUAAGAAAUGUUGAAAUAUCAGCACCAACAUUACCAUUUUGAAUUCUCUCAUGUUUAUGCUACAGAGUUGUUUAUCAAGAUUUGAUUAUUUGUACUGAAAUUAUUGAAGAUUUUGAUUGUUUGUAUUAAAUUAUUUUCAUCAGGC